CAUCACCCGCUUUCACCUUGCGUGUCUCUCCCUCUCUCCCUCUCUUGCUUCUCGCUCUAUACCCCCUUCUCGUUUCUCUGCAAUUGACGAAAAGUCAAGAACGAUCUCAAAUGGCGGAUCGCACCGCGAAAGGAGAAGAAUUCGAGAAGAAAGCGGAUAAGAAGAUCAAAGGCUGGGGUUUAUUCGGCUCCAAAUUCGAAGAUGCUGCCGAGUUGUACGAACAAUCUGCCAAUUCCUUUAAACUCGCUAAAUCUUGGGAUAAAGCUGGAUCGGUUUUCAUCAAACUUUCAAAUUGCCAUUUGAAGUCCGAUAGCAAGCAUGAAGCUGCCAUGGCUUACGUGAAUGCGGCGAAUUGCUACAAGAAAACAUCGACUAAAGGUGCCAUAUCAUGCUUAGACCAAGCAAUGAAUAUUUUCCUGGAAAUUGGCAGGCACAACAUGGCUGCGAGAUAUUGCAAGGAAAUUGGUGAGUUAUACGAGCUCGAACAAAACAUAGACAAGGCUCUUGUAUAUUUUGAGCGGGCAGCUGAAUUUUUUGAAUGUGCUGAAGCAACAACCUCUGCGAAACAGUGCAAGCAGAAAGUUGCAGAAUUUUCUGCUCAACUUGAACAAUAUAAGCAGGCAAUUGAGAUAUAUGAAGAGAUAGCACGACAGUCAAUCAAUAAUAACUUACUGAAGUAUGGAGUAAGAGGACAUCUUCUUAAUGCUGGCCUCUGCCAGUUGUGUAAGGGCGAUAUUGUUGCCAUUACCAACUCAUUGGACCGAUAUCAGGAUUUGGAUCCAACUUUUUCCAGAACUCGGGAAUACAGAUUUUUAGCUGAUUUGGCUGCCGCAGUUGAGGAGGAAGAUGUUGCAAAACUCACUGGUGCUGUCAGGGAAUUUGAUAGCAUGACCCCGCUGGAUCCUAGGAAGACCACACUUCUACUGAGAGUGAAGGAAGCUUUGAAGGCCAAGGAACUAGAAGAGGAUUUGACCUAAGAUUUUGCAUUGGUGCCUUACCCCCAUUGAUAGUAUUGCAUUCGGCUUGUAUAUAUUAGUACGACGGCUGUUAGCCAUGAUCAUAGCUAUGCCUUUUGGCUUUUAGCUUGUAUUGGUAUUGGUAUAUGGUUUGCAUUUGUGUACAAAUUGGUUAAGUACUAUGGUUGUGACACCUUCAAAAGAUCACAUAAAGUAACAUUCUUUGAUGUUUAAUAA